AUGAAGUCGUCGGCGCUACCGGAACCGAAGCCGUACGAUGGGUCCAGCGACCUGGGAGAGUUCAAGCGAGCCUUUCUCCUCAAAUACCAUCAUGUGGUGGAGGAUGACGAAGAGCUGAUCACCAUCUUGGAGGACAGAUUCCUGAAGGGACCAGCGAAAUCACUGUUCAAGACGCUGCAAGGACGAUUCUGCCGACCGGUGAAAGAACUGUUCGAGGAGUUCGAGCGGAAGUUGAAAUGGCGAGCAGAGGAGACUGGAGCCGGGAAGCAUGAAGCGAAGCUGGGGAAACGAGCUGCGCGUCUGAAUAAAAUCAGGGAAUAUCACGUUGGAAACGGAAAUUCUUGCAGAGAGCGGAACCGGGAUGGAUUCGAUCGUGACGGAGGGUCGCGCGUGAUUGUGGACAAGGUGUCGCACAAAUCGCUCGGAACGCUGGCCACCGGACAACUAUCGAUUGCGGAAAAGCUGGAGAAGGAGAAGGAGAUAGGAGGGAGACGGGAGCCGAAGAAGACGGUCGUGCGCGAAGCAGAUCUGGUGAUCGGACCUCGUCUCAAGUUCAAUUCGCCGGCUUACUUCGACAUCAAAGCGAAGGCCGACGUGGCGUGGACGGAGAAAUACGAUUGGAAGGGCGUCGAGAAGGUGGUCAUGCUGGCGAAAUGGACGGUCGAUCCCACCGAGAACGAGAAUCGGGCGGAAAUCAUCGAGUCGAUCGCCAAAGACGUUAAGGAUCUGAUCGUGGUGCCAAUUCGGAUGGCAUGCAAGUUCAACGAAGUCGGAGGGAUAACGGAGUGGUGGAAAAAGAGGAUGCGAACCAGUACGAACGUACGGUUCGUCGAUCCGCAGACGCCCGUUGGACCAAAACAACUUCCGAUGGUUGUGGUCAUCCCGGAGAAGUUCGACUCGGCGGAGAUGAUGGGUGGAUACCUCGAUUCACUCAUUCCGAGGAAUGCGGCGGUGGAGAAACUGAUGGUUGGCCGGAAGUUGGAGGUGGCCAAGAGAGCGAAUCGAUCGACAUAA